CUGACAACUACUGUACACUCAGAAUAUUAGAAUGAUUUUCCGAGUACAUAGAAAGGGGUGCAGACGCGCCGUCGGGAUCGAUUGACUAACAAAGUGGAUGACGUUCGUGAAAAAAAUUGUGGGACGUAAUGUUUAGCAAGAAAUAAAUAACCGGCCGUAAAUCUUACGAGCACGUUUCACAGAAACGAGAGUAAGACGAUAAUUCUGCCGUCGUACCAAACGUAUUUCCAAAGGCUGUUAAAACGUAUCGAAAGACUUACCAAAUAAUACGAGGCAGAGAAUAUUUCACGUGUAAAUCACCAAGUAACGUAAAAUUAAUUACAGCAAAACAGAAUGUGCACUCUCUGGACGAGGCAGCCAUUCAAUCGCCUGCAAUAGCCACAAUAAAGUGCCUGCCUUCAUGUUGGAAAUAACAGUAGUAACCAACGAUACGGCGCGAAAGUUACUAUGAUCCUUUGUUGUCGAGCCAAUUUUCAGCGGCUUCUGCAAGAAUAUUUUUCCUCGGACGUUAACCGCACGCAAGCACUAUGCGAAUACCUUAAUAACCAUCCAAUUAGAGCUCCUUCGAUGGACGAGUCCCGUCGGAAUCGAACAUUCCUCCGAUCCGGCUAGGAAUUUUAUCGAAUGGAGACACCGUGAAGUUAGCAGAGAACGGCGUUUAUUGAGCAAUAUUUUUUGGGUAUGCUUUAGGAUUUCGUUUACCAUUCUUUAUCUAUUUAUAUACUACACACUCCCAAGAAUGCAAUAACAUUAUGGGUAAAAGCGGCAACUGCAAUAAUCAAUAAACCAAGUAACAACGACCCGUGCACCGAGAUCACAGACGCCGAAUGUAUAUCGAAACGAGUGUUAACUUUAAAGAGAAACACCUAUUGCAACAUUUUAGCACGCGCGUAUGAAUAGGUAGCUUUAACGGAAUCGCGUGCAACCUUUCCGAAUGAUUACGAUGCAGAGAACAGUGUCAGGAUUCCCAAAUAAUGGCAACGCGAUAUCUGUGCGCAACGACCGUGGCUGCGACACGAGUUCAGGUGGUCAAUGCCGUCUAACGAGAUCUCCGGAGAAUCUUAGGAAAAUGUCAUUCGUGAAUAAAUCCGUUUCCAGCGUAGGGAGGGUGCCUCGAGCGUCGGUCUCCGUUCCAACCGGGUCGGAAAUCGUUCGCGUGAAAUAUUAUCUACCGUCGGAAGUGGCGGUGCAUAACAGCGCGGCUGAUUGUUGGGUCUCGUACAACGGCGGAGUGUACGAUUUGACUGAUCUUUGCAAGAAGUCGGCUGGCAGGAGAGAGGUUCAGGUGUUAUUGGCUCACGCCGGCAAGGAUAUAAGUCACUGGUUCGAUCACGAGACAAACGACAUCAAAUAUCACGUGCACCCCGUUACCGGAGUUCUGGUACCCUAUUGUCCUCACGGCCCAUUACCGGAUGUAAUUCCUCACGUGGUUCCUGCGAGCUCUUGGCGGCCACUGGACAAAUGCCCUUGGUGGCUCGACGAAAGGUACAAGAAGGGCUGUCUCACCGUAAAUCCCCGGCCCUGUCGAAUUUUGAAUACGCUCACCGGCACGGAGAUCGUGAUGAUGGUUUGCGAGGAGGACACCGUUCAACGUAUACAGAAACGCGCUCUUAUUUAUAACGCGAGAAGCAGAUAUUACACGUGGAAAUUCGAGGGAAAGGAGCUGGACCUGAACUCGACUUUAACAGAGAACGGCAUUCCAGACGAACGUGAUCGUUUCGUUGCGUGCGGCCUUCCCGACGAUUACUACGUCCCUUGUCUCAUGUGCUAUUACAACGAUAAGUGUAUCUGCGAAGAGGAAUACGUAAAAAAGCGAUACGCGAACGAGCCGUACGUGAACGAGCAGUACAUGGACGAGCGACUUCCUAAAGGGGAGUACGGGAAAAACGAAUAGAAAUUUUCGUGGGAAAUAUCUAGAGGAAAAAAUGUUGUUUCUCUCUAGAACGAAAGUUUCCUACGGUAUCGUCCCCACGGUCUCGAAUAUCGCAUCACAGAUGGCACCACGGUCUCUUGCCGCGACACGCCUUUAAUCCAAAAUUCUAUCCGAUGUAAUCGUACGGUAUUAUACGCUCCAAGUAAAAAGUAAAAGUACCACCAAAGGGUGAAAGUAUCCUUUCCGUGAUAUUUAAACAAAAAUAUAACGAAACAACAUAUUCGUAUUUUUCUAUAUUAGAAAUAGAAAAUAGGAAUAUAUGAAUAUGAUCACUUUUUGGUUUUCGUCGAGAUAUUAGUAAAAAUGUAAAAAUUACUUUGAGUUUAUGAUUAUUUAUAUCACUGCAUUCCCUUAAGCACUGCAUUUCAUAUUCAUAUAUAUGAAUAUGAUCACUUUUUGGUUUUCGUCGAGAUAUUAGUAAAAAUGUAAAAAUUA